AUGAAUACGGGGACAGGGUUAGUAACACGAGUCAAUUCAAUAGUACAACGCGGUGGCCUCCACGAUGCCUCGCGAAUAUCCCUUCUUGACAUUUUCGGCUUUGAAAACCUCGCGGAGAACUCCUUCGAGCAGCUGUGCAUCAAUUACGCGUCGGAAUCGCUCCAGCUCCACUUCAACAAGCACGUCUUCAAGCUGGAGCAGCAGGAGUACGCGAGGGAGAAGUUGGAGUGGACAAAUCUCGCGUGGAACGACAACACGCCGGUCAUUCAUCUCUUGGGCAAGAAACCGGUGGGGAUCCUUCAUUUGUUAGACGACGAAAGUAACUUUCCGAAGGCGUCCGAUCACUCGUUCUUGGAGAAGUGUCACUAUAAUCACGCGCUGAACGAGUUUUACUGCAGGCCACGAGUUGGAGGCCGAGAGUUUGCCAUUCGCCACUUCGCGGGGCAAGUGUGGUAUUCCGUGGAAGGUUUCCUAGACAAGAACCGGGACGUUCUAAGGCCUGAGAUUGUCGAGUUGCUGGCGUCGAGCAAGGAACCUUUGGUUAGCGCCAUUGCACGCCCGCUGCUGAACCAGGCGCAAAUGCGUACUCUUCCGAAGGGGGCAAAUGGGCGCUUUGUUACAAUGAAGCCGCGCACACCAACCGUCGCUGCUCGGUUCGGGGAUAGCUUGCAUCAACUCCUCGAGUCGAUGGCUCGAUGUCAGCCGUGGUUUGUUCGCUGUAUUAAACCCAACAACGAUAAAAGCCCCAUGAAGUUUGACAUGCCGGUGGUAAUCGAGCAGCUGCGCUACUCGGGGAUGCUCGAAACGAUUCACAUCAGGCAAGCGGGUUAUCCUGUUAGGAUGAAGUUUCAGGAGUUUGUCGAUCGUUACAGGUACCUACUACCCAUUGGUUUACAACGCGGGGGCCCUUACAGAGAUUUGUGCCGAACAGUUUUAGACCAAAUGCCUCCGACUGGUACAGUAGGUCCUGAUUACCAACUGGGUGCGUCGAGGGUAUUCCUCCGUGAAAGCCUUUUGAGACGUUUGGAGAUGACACGCACUGACCAACUGCGCGGGGCGGCGCUAAUGAUUCAGAAGAACAUUCGCGGAUAUUUGGCGAGGAAGAAUUUCCAAUCCGUGAAACGUAGCGCUAUAGUUUUACAGCGUAAUUGGAAGGGGUAUAGGCAAAGGAAAUUGUACAAGACGUUAAAGACUGGGGUGAUCAAGGCGCAAGCGCUCCACCGAGGCCGAAUGGAGCGGCGGCGUUACGCAGCUCGAAAGGCGGAGCUGAAGAAACGGUUAGAAGCGGAGAGGCAAGCUCAAGAGCGUGCCAAGCAGAAGAUGCUUAGGGAAAAUCAACGUAAUACCAGAGCAGCGGCCGUUCAUCACUUGGAAAUCCCAGCGGAGUUGGCCUUCAUUUUCUCCAAGUUGGAAGAGUACACUCCUCCGCACACCGAGCGCAAUUUAAUCAAAGUAUCCGGCAACGUCCACGGACGUCCGUCCCCGAUCAACUUACCUUCCGACCUCAACCAAUUCGAGUUUAACAAAUUUAGCUCGGUCUACUUCAAGGGGGCCGACUUCGGGUACCGGCGCGAGCCGAUCAGCGCCCCGUUUCUGUCUAAGGCGGCUGCCCGCGACCAAGACUUUCAAGACUCGGUCGCGCUCUUCAAGCUAAUUUUGCGAUGGACGAAUGAUGGUCAGCUGACCGGCGCCAAAGAGCGAGCGCUCGCCGAUUACAUCGUUCACAAGGGUCUCAGUUCUCGAGGCUUGCGUGACGAGCUGCUCGUGCAACUUUGCAAUCAGGCGUACAAAAACGAAAACUCCGACAGGAUUUGGCAGCUCAUGGCUCAUUGUCUGUGCUGCUUCCAACCAAGUCCCCCGCUUAGCAAGUACCUUCUUAAAUAUAUCACCGAUUCGGCCCCACCAAGAUACAAGGAGAGCUUGCAGCGGAUGGUGCUGAGGGGGUUGCAAAAGGUUCCGUAUUCGAGAUCCUUGCCCCCUUCGCUGUUGGAAUGGAGAAGCACGCGCCAGAAGACGAACAUGGCAUUUCCUCUACUGUUUUCGGACAGUACGUCGUCAACAAUUAACGUGGACUCGUGGACAACAUGCGAAGAAGCUGCCGGAAUAGCUUUGAACACUUUGGGCUUGCCCAUGAACGGCUGGACCGUUGUAAUUGACGAUGCUGGCGUUACAACCGACAGCAACGGUUUGGACUACGUGUUUGACUUAGUGUCCGAGCUUGAAAUGUGUCCCUCAUUCCCGAUUCAUAGAUCGCAGCUUCUUAAGGUGGGAGUGCGCCAACACCAUCCCGUCGAGAUUGACCACGCGCCUAGUCCUGUUCGUCCACAGGUACCACCACCGGAACCACCGGCCUCGAGCAAAAUGGCCCAGGAAACCUCGCGCCAUUCCUCGCCACACCACAGCAAUCCGUCACCAACUGAUCACGUCGGUUCCAGAAAAUCAUCGUCUAGUCAAGAGUAUUCCUCUCAGCGGGCAUCGUUGGUGAUCUCUGAGAGCCCGACGCGCAAAUCAUCGCGAGAAGCCUUAUCUCGCACCUCCGCACUUAACGAAAGAUACUUCGACAUUGAAAAGGUCAGAUCGCGAAGCCUAGACAAUCUGCUGAGCGAGCCCGAGCCCAGCACUCCCCUCAUCACCUUGGGUCUCAGCCAGUCGGUACUCAACGACCGGUACCACUCGGUGGAGCAGUUGGCCCCCAUUAAACCUGUGUUAACCAAUAACGCGUACAUGCAAAAGGACGCAAUGGACUUCGAAUACCCGGACAUUUCUAGCAUCGCUACCUCCCAGAAGGAGGGGCCGCGUUACAUCAAGUCGCAGUACGCCGGAAAGAAGGCGCCGCCCGGGUCGCACUCGAGCAGGGCGCAAAUUGAAAGGUCCGAGUUUGCGGUUCGAAGCUCGGCCAUGUCGGAUACCAGUGAGACGCCCAGUUUGGCAAGUCACGUGAGGCGGGUACGGGUACCGAGUCAAGCUUCUGACGUUGAUCAGUUCCUGGACGAGCUGUUCAGUCCGGUUUUGGAUGGGAACUUGGAUGAGCUCAGCGACGCUCGCUCGUUGGCCGCGAGCAUCAAGGGCGGUGGCGAGGUAGAAAACCCAAUUGACGCGUUCGAUCAGUUUCUAAGUCAGUUGAUGGAACCUGUUGGAACAGCUACAGUAGACAUGUCCGAUUCGCAGUUUUUAGUGAGUAAAAUUAAAGGUGGGGGUGAGAGAAGCCGUACAACCAGCCAAGACAGCAGCAUCGUGCUUGAUAAAGAAGUGGAAAGCAUAACGCGUAGUGACGACGCGAAGCAAAACGAUGGUAGCGUUGACGAUUACAUUAGCGACCUAUUUCGUCCAAUCUUCAUCAAUGAUAGCCUAAAAAAUCUAGCGGAAAAGCACAAUUUGGUGGAUAGCAUCAAGGGUGGUGGUACAGCCCAUCAGCAAUCUAGCACUUCUGGAUAUAACUUCUCAGCGAUCCCCGCGCCCCUUGUCAGCCCACAGCCUAUGAUAAUGCCGGUUCUGGGAACGGGGCAGGACGGAUUCAUGCCGAUGUAUAACAUUCCACCAAACGCCGAUAUCGCAGGAUACCAACAGAACCUGCAGCGGGCGUUUCUUCAGUCCGCCAUGGCUCAAAAUAUUCAGAUUCAGCAACAGCUGCUCGCCCAAAACCAAGCCCUACAACAGUUGCUGACGCAGCAGAGUGUCCCAGAUGGUAAAGCUGUCGACGGCACCGCGGCGAAAAGCUCUCGAAGUCCAGACCGUAAGAGCAGCUUCAAAACCAGCAACAUCAGUCGAAAAAGCAGUUCGCCCAGCAAUAACUCAAUGAUUGACUUGAAGCUACGGAAGCAAAGUGUAGAGUCCACCAUGAGUGUUAGCCGAAGCGGUGUGCCUCCGCCUCCCCCAAUGCCGCCGCCGAUAGACCCGAGCGAUCCGUCCGAAAGUAGACCGUUCAUGGAUCCCUACGGAAGAGCGAAAACUGUUCGCAUUGGGAAAUGGCGAUGGCCACCUCCUAAAGAUGGCAGCAAUCCAGAAGCCGGCGAAGACUUCAUGCAAUUCAAACUGCGGCAGAAUCAAAGAAAAAUCACACCGAACAAGGAACAGAUCUGCGUCGUUAAUGGUUACUCCCAACAAAGUUCCAUCACGGUAGUCCAACAGUCAUCUUCCGAAUGGGAGGAGCUCGAUUUCGAGCCCAUCGUCCGCGAACCCGAGAAAACCACCAAGAGAAGUAGUCGGCGCAGUUUUGAAAUUGGUGUCAAUCGCCCCUCCCCGGGAAGCGUAGGCAAGCUGAAGCUAAGCUCCGAGAUGCGCCAGAGGUUAGAGCAGGUUACAGCAAACCACUCCGUGCGCUCCACCAGCAGCAAAGUUGACCAACCGGCUCGAGUGGUUAAUAAACUUGAGGAUACCAGAAAAAUGAUGCUGGAACAGCAGUUGACGGGUAGAUGGGGCGACUCCGUUGAUAGUUUGCAGAAGAGUAGUUCAUCGAGCCCCGAAACGAAAUCCCCGACAAACUGGCCGGGCUCGAAUUGGCGAUCACCUCCGCCCCCAAUCCCCAUAAGUCCCAGCUCAAUACCGCCAGUACCAUCAGUGCCCGCGCCUCCCCCGCCCGUACGCCCGCAGCAACCCCCGCCCCAACCCGAACCCUUUCGCGAUUCUUUCAUGGCUCAACGUCAAGAACGCGACACGUUCGGAGUCCAUCAGAACCUCGUCGAGCAGAGCAAUUCCAAACGAAAUUCGUUCAGCGCGAACUGGGACAUACAAAGUUCGCUAACCCAAGACACUCAAGACGACGGCGCGAGCAACUGGGCAAAGUUUGACCACGCAAAUCGCAAAGACAGCUGGGAUCAAAGCGAAAUUAUAAAAAUGGAACAGAACGUAACGCGACGAAGCAUGGUCGCGGCAAUGAACGAGCACUGGGACGACGAACCUAAGCCCAAGGCGCAGGCCAAGGACCACGAACCGACGGAAAGGCCCACCUUCAGAACGCACCAAAUGAAUAAGGUCGCAAAAGAACGGGAGAAGAAGCAUUCCGUCUCCACGAUCAACACCGAAAAGACCGAAAAGCUCGAAUCUUCCGACUGGCCGGAGUUUAUGCAACCGAUACAGACGCCUCCACUGUCGAAGUCCCCAGUUCCGCUCAGCAUCGGCUCGGACAGUCAGCACUCCCCCAAGUCUCAAAAUCGUCCCCUGCCACCGGGACCUAACGGUUACGUUGCGUACAAUCGCGUUCCGUGGUCACUGCGUAUACGUAAGGAGGUCUUCUUACCGGGAGAGUCACUGGGACCUCCCGCCGCUUUGCAUUUGGUGUUCUGCCAAAUCGUUUCCGACAUUUACGGGACGACGCCCUGCUUGCGGCUGAGCCAGGAGGAUCGCAGAACCGGCAUGAACAUGCUUUCCGGUUACGGCGUGAAACCGGAAAACUUGAACUCGCCCCAUCGCGCCCACAUCAAGAAGAGCAUCGUCGAGCUCGCGCGAACCUGGCCGCUGUACUUUGCGAGAUUCUUCCCCGUUUCCGGAGCGGCGCAGUUGUCGGACGUGCAGCUGCUCGCCGUCUCCCAUUGGGGAGUGCAUUUGGUGCGGAGGGAAGGCAGUAACCUUCACGUGAUUACUUCGGUCGCGCUGGGAGAUCUGAGGAAGUUUUCAGCGUCCAGGCCAAAUACCGUUUACUUCGAGGGACCUCAGGGGAGGUUCUCGUUGCAUACGUCUCGCGCCCAGCAGAUUUCGGAGAUGGUCAAUAAGUUCUGCGCGGAAAAUCGGAAGUUACAGGUGCACGCAAAGACCUCGCCGGUGCCCGUAAAGAAGACCGCGACGAUAGAACGCUCGGAGAACAUGACGACGAACUCGACGCCGACGAGCAACAACCACAACGCGGCGACGCCCCCAACGCAAGACGUGGUUUCGACACCAAAAAAUAUUCGAGCGCAAUCACCUGAAAGUCCAUCGCCUUCCACGGGAAAAUAUUCACUUAUGCAAUUCGCCUUGCACAAUUUCCGGCAAGGGGCCGAAUUUCAGUCGCCGAAGAUGGACGCGUCGUUGAAAUCCAAGGAGAAGAGGAAGGAAUGGACGUGGAAGCAGCAGACUGAUCUGAUCAAGUGGCAAGGGGCGUCCAUGGACGGGCCGCUUUUACGUUUGGAGAAUCCCGAACUGGCGGCCCUGGCCUUGGAGUGCUUCGACUGCAUCCUAAGGUACUGCGGUGACAUCCCCUUGACUCCUGCCACGUCCGAAGUGAAAUGCGUUUACACGGUUCUUAUGCACUGCCACAAGCAUAUGCCCUUGAGGGACGAAAUCUACUGUCAGCUGAUGAAGCAGACGAUCAGCAACAAGUCGGAAAAUUCCGAUUCGCCUCAGCGGGCGUGGAGACUGCUGUCGAUAGUCGCCGCGUAUUUCGCGUGUUCCGAUCUGCUAAAACCGUAUUUAAUGGAGCACCUGACGAGCGCGGCGUCGGACCGGAGGCGCGUGUGUCACGGUACCGCGGCGGUGUGCCUUUCGAACUUGAGGAAGACUCAAAGGUGCGGCGGUCGGAAGAACGUUCCCUCGGUCGAGGAGGUGACGGCCGUUAGCGCCGGUCGAAGUGCGCGCCGGCAGAUUUACAGACUUCCGGGGGGCGCAGAGAGGGUCGUUAACACCAGAUGCAGUACGGUAGUGGCGGAUGUGAUCGCUGAACUUUGUAGCCUUAUAGGAGUUACGGCUGAGGUGGAGCAGCAGGAGUUUAGCUUAUAUUGUAUUGUGCAAGGUGACGCGUUUACCAUGCCGUUGGCUGCCGAUGAAUAUAUCUUAGACGUCACCACGGAACUACACAAAGCGGCCCAGCCUUUCUAUCUUAUAUUUUGCAGAUCGGUUUGGUAUCACCCGCUGAGACACGAUGCUAGUCCUCUAUACACGGAAGUACUCUUCAAUCAAGUGGCCCCCGACUACUUGGAGGGGCUGUUGCUCAAAUUAGGAACGUCAAAUCUUCAACCGAGCUUUGUGCGUGACAUAGCGCUUGUGGCAGCACUGUUGCACCGAGCAGCAGACUUAGGCCACGCCCCCAGUUUAAAGGAGGUGAAAUUCUUGUUACCAAAGCCAGUGUUGGGGUUGCGCGAGCCCCGGCCGCCCCAGUGGUUAGCGCUCGUGCAAACCUCCUGGGGGCAAGCGGCGGGCAUGCUGGUCUCCCGUGCCAAACACCGAGUUCUGCAAAUUUUAAGCAAUUGGCCCCUGUUCGGCAGCUCCUUCUUUGCGAUCAAGCGCGUCUCCGGCAAUUUGGAAAACUGGUCCGACUACAUCUUGGCGCUUAACCGAACCGGCGUCCACUUCCUCGACAUGACAACGCACGAGACCGUGCACCACUGGCCCUUCGCCGAGGUAAUCUCGACGAGGAAAGUGCGAUCCGAGGACGGCGCCCUUUUCCUGGACAUGAAGUGCGGCAAUUUACUUCAGCAGCGCGUUACCAGGCUGCAAACCGAACAGGCGCACGAAAUCUCGAGGCUAGUAAGACAAUACAUUAAUUUGGAACAGACGCAAACCACGCGAAAACAUUAAUUCCACGCCGUGUAUUUAUUCGUAACCCAACACGAAUGUACCGUAAUGGAUUUUCUAUUUAUUAAGUGUAUAUUUAUUCAGAAGCGAUUUUUCAGUAGUUACCAAUAUUUUGGAUCCAUAGUCUGAGCUGAAAAAUUGAUCCGUAGGUAGUUCGGACGUGCAAACGAGAAAUUCGGUAAACUGCCGCCGCCCCCGUCCGUAAACAUUGUAAAGAAGCACCAAAAACCCAGAUAUUACACAAAUAGUAAAUAUUUUUGAAACGAUCGGUGAUCCUUAAACACCUCCCCAUUGUACAUUAAGAAGUCAUGUGUUGUAAUGUAAAAAAACGGUGACUGUAUUUUAUAAUAAAAUAUCUUCAACAAUA